AUCGUGACAUCAUUGAGCAACAUGGCGGCCUUCCUGGAGGCAACGUUGUGUUGGUAAUUCUGUUAACUUCACCGAUCGGAAAGCUCUGCUUUUCGUGAAGAUGAAGACCUUCUGCGGGAGAGUGAACCCGACCACCGGAGCUCUGGACUGGGUGGAGGAGGGCGACGAGUACGACUACCAUCAGGAGAUAGCCAGGUCGUGUUAUGCUGAUAUGCUGCACGAUCAUGACCGGAAUAAAAAGUACUAUCAGGGCAUCCGGGCCGCUGUGACCCGACUAAAGGCUCGAGAUGAGAGAGUCGUGGUUCUGGACAUUGGGACCGGAACCGGCCUGCUGUCCAUGAUGGCCGUCACUGCCGGAGCGGACUUCUGCUACGCUGUGGAGGUUUUUAAGCCCAUGGCUGAAGCAGCUCAGAGCAUCGUGGAGAAAAAUGGCUUUUCUGAAAAGAUUAAGAUAAUUAAUAAACAUUCAACAGACGUGACAGUCGGACCAGGUGGAGAUAUGCAGGAAAAGGCUAAUUUAUUGAUCACAGAACUGUUCGACACGGAGCUGAUCGGUGAAGGAGCUCUGCCCAGCUAUGAGCACGCUCACCAAAACCUGGUCCAGGUGGGCUGUGAGGCGGUCCCUCACCGGGCCACCGUCUACGCUCUGCUGGUGGAGUCGGAGCUGCUGUGGAGCUGGACGCAGCUGCAGCCGGUGGAGGUGGAGGGGUCUCGUCUGGCCCCGCCCCCCGCCAUCGGCCGCUGCGCCGGAGCUCAUUCAGUGUGUGACAUCCAGCUGAGCCAGGUCCCCCCCACCAGCUUCACCCCCCUGAGUCUGGUCUGCUCCAUGUUCAGGGUGGACUUCAGUAAACCGCUCAGCGGGGGGGUUCGGGCACACUCCUCCAGGUUUGUGGCUCAGACUGGAGGUCGGGCUCAGGUGGUCCUGUCCUGGUGGGACCUGGACAUGGAUCCCAGUGGAAGCACUGUGUGCUCCAUGGCUCCCAGCUGGACCUACCCACACCCGAAGAYGGCCCCGUGGCGGGAUCACUGGAUGCAGAGUGUUUACUUCCUGCCUGUUGAAAGUCCGGUGACUCAGGGAGACCAGCUCAGUCUGACGGUCUGCCAUGACGACUACAGUCUGUGGUACGACUUGAAGUCUAACAGUCAGCAGGAGGCGCAGUCUGAGUCACCUCCCCCUCGGCCUUGUUGCACCUGCCAGGCUCACCUGGUUUGGACUCGGCCUCGUUUCGGUGAACUCAACGACCGGCAGCGGACGCAGAGCUACGUCGGCGCUCUUCGCAGCGUUCUGAGUGAGGACAGUGUGGGUCUGUCUGUCAGCGAUGGAAGUCUGCUUCCUGUGUUCGCUCACAUGCUGGGAGCCAAGAAGGUGUUCAGUUUGGAAAACUCCAGAAUGUCUAAACAAGUGAUUGAGCAGGUGUUGGAAGUGAACUCCAUGACAGGAGGAGUUGAACUUCUGGAGGUCAGACCCGAGCAGCUGACCCUUCAGGAUCUUGGAGGAGAAAAGGUUUCUAUCCUCAUGGGGGAGCCGUUCUUCAGCUCCAGCCUGCUGCCGUGGCACUCCCUGUUUUUCUGGUACUGUCGCACCGCUGUGGCGGGUCUGCUGCAGCCCAACCCCACCAUCCUGCCCUGCUCCGCCUCCCUGCACAUGGUGGCUGUGGAGUUCCAGGAUUUGUGGAGGAUAAGAGCUCCAUGUGGAACAUGUGAGGGCUUCGAUGUCACCCCCAUGGAUGAAAUGGUCCAGCGGUCUCUGGAUUUCCGUGAGUCUCGMGAGGCGGAGCCCCACCCCCUGUGGGAGUAUCCAUGUCGAGCUCUCACUCAGCCUGCCGCCGUCAUGACGUUCGACUUCACACAGUGUGUCCCUCAACAGCCAAUCAGCAGCCAGGGUUCACUGCCUUUCACACGGACCGGUUGUUGCCACGGUGUCGCCUUAUGGAUGGAAUUCCAUCUAACUGAUGACAUCACAGUCAGCGCGGGUCUGACUGGACCAAUCAGCGAAGAGGGAGCCUGUGAGUGGACUCGACACAGGAAGCAGGGAGUUUAUUUCUUCAGGUCGGCCUGCGACAGCUCAGGUGAUGCCAGGACUGCAGUAUCUUACAGCUUCACCUUUGAACCAAGUCUAGGCGACAUUAAGAUGGACUUUAGUGUCACAAGUCAGUGAUGAUCAUCUGUCACUGACUGAAGAACUGACUGUUUUUUUGUUUUAGUGGCUAUUUUAUUACUACAAUGACUGAAAACGUUUACAUGGCUUAAUGCCUCAGGUUUAUAUCAGAGAUGAACAAUUAYCAUGAAUUAACAGGAACUCAGUCUAGCAAAACCAAAAGAUUCUUUUUUUGUUUUAUUUUUAUUUAGUUUCAGUUGAAUUAUCAUUUCAAUUAAUGUAAUGAAAUAAUUCUGGUGCAUUUCUAGUUAAUCUCUACUUUAGUUCAGUUUGUCCUCAACUUCACACUAAACAAAGCAACAAGCUGGAAAUUUUUGCAGCUUGAAAAAUCACAUUUUAUACAUUGGAAUAUUUGCGUUGGCCAAUUUAAAAAUAAACUUUAGUCCUUGGAACAACCAGUUUAAUCAAAUCUUAGGUCAYAUUUUGUAUAACUUCUUAUUUCCCUGAAUUAUUUGGGGACUUUGUUAAAUGGGUCAGCUAAACUGCAUUUCUGCAAACAAGUCUUUGUUAAAUACAGAAAUCUGAAAUAAAUCACAGCCAAACAUGA